AUGCCGGCUUCAUCGGAAGAGACGGUCCUCCGCCGGAAACGCGUCGCCAAGGCGUGCGAAACGUGCCGCGCUAUGAAAUCCAAGUGCGAUGGAAAGCGUCCAUCAUGCAGCAGAUGCACCGGAUACGGUUAUGAUUGCGUAUACUCUACGCACGGACGAGGCACGCGGGGGUCCAUGGCUCGACAGCUUCGAGAGCCGUCUACGGGAUCCAGCGCGGCAUCUCCGGGGGAUACAUCACGAACCACACUGAGAGCCGCACUUUUCGACUACGACGAACUAAUCCAGCGCAUAGUGCCGAAACUCCCAAAGUCCGAGCAGGAGUCUAUUCUGGAUGAUGCCACCUCUAUCAAUAAUCGGAUCAAGGGCGCACUAUCGAGCACGUGGAAACCAGCGAGCAGCGACCGUUUCUCUACGCAAACAAACAGGGUGCAUGUAUCGCCUUCCCGAGUGCCUUCAUCGCAGCGAUACCUAGGAGAAGUCAGCGACGUCACAUUCUUUAACCUCGUCAAGCGUGUCCUUCAAGCGAGUCCGCCAGGUCAUGUAGACGAGGCGAUCGAUAGCUACGAACUCGAUGAUGCCGUCAGCGGUACCAUCGCACCUCAGAGCGUUUCCGACUACCUUCCAAGUCGGGAGAUAGCAGAUGAAUACUUAAGCGCCUACUUCUCAACUAUACAUAUCGCUUACCCAUUUAUCCAGAAGGGUCCAUUCAUAAAGACACUCGCCAAGCUUAGAGAAUCGGACUCGGCAGAGAGUGUCAGCAAUUCCUGGCUUGCAACUCUGUCGACUGCCUGGAAAGGUGCUGGACAACUUUGGGACUCGCCAUUCGAGUGGCGCAGGCCAUUGGAUUGCAUGUCGAACUCGACCCCCGAGUUAAGAGCCAAGCUCCGUGGAAAGCCGAGGCGCGACGUCGAGUUUGGUAUUCGCUUUCUUCUUGUCGCUAGCGUAUUCAUCCGCAACUCUAGCACGGGGCAGGAGCUAGAUGUCACGGCCCUUAACGAUGAUGCUGAGACCUGCAUGAAGGUGUUUGAAGCUCUAAGCUCUCACUCCGACGCUGCCAGGAUUGCGCGAGACAUGAUGAUCCGACUAAGGGAGCAAGGGCGGAAGUGGAAUGAGUCUUGUGAUCAUGCCGAUCUACAAGAACAGCAGAUACGACUCGGCCUUGUGCAAAACGCCAAUGGAUUACGAGUGUGA